AUGAGCAAUAACAUGAAACAACCGCCACCAAGAAGGGAAAAAAAAGAAAAACAAAAACAGAGUAAAUUAUCUUUAUUCAUGAUCUUAAUGGUAGUAGCAUUGUCCAUAAUGGUAUGGCAUUAUCACAAUACAAUCACUGCACCCCCUCCAAUGCCAAACAUAGAUAUGGAAGAAUGGUGGGGUCCAUACCCGAUCGACAUGGAAUUAGACAAAUCAAUUCGACCAUACACCAUUGAAUUUGAGGAUGUUAUAGUAAAUGAUCUCAAAGAAAGGUUACUGCACUCACGCCCUUUCACAAGUUCACUUGAAAACUCUGGUUUUAAAUAUGGCUUUAACACAAGAUUCUUAACCCGUGUAUUGGACUUCUGGAAGAACAGCAACAUUCGUGAAAGAGAGAGGUUCUUAAACAAAUACAAUCAUUUUAUGACUAAAAUCCAAGGGCUGGAUAUUCAUUUUAUUCAUGUCCGACCUAAAGCAUCUUCAGAUAUUGCGGUAGUCCCAUUACUGCUGAUCCAUAGCUGGCCAGUUUCCAUUCGUGAGUUUUAUGAGCUCAUACCCUUAUUGACUACACAACAAACUGGCAAGGACUUUGUGUUUGAAGUAAUUGUACCUAGUCUACCAGGCUUUGGGUUUUCGCAGGCACCAACUCGCGAAGGUCUGAAUCGACUAAAGAUAUCAGCAAUCCUGCACAAUCUAAUGCAACAUAUAGGAUUUGAAAAGUAUUACAUACAAGGGGGUGACUUCGGGCAGGCCAUAGGCUCUGUCAUGGCUACCGCCUUCCCGGACAACGUCCUCGGAUUCCAUACUAAUAUGCCCGUAGUCAAUCAUAAUCCAUCGAAUAUAUUUCUUGUAAAUAUUUUUGAUGUUUAUUUGCCGUCGCUACUAGACCCCGAGUUCAAAGGCUGCACGUAUAACUUGAAGAGUCAUUCCCAUUUAUUGCUCGAGAACGCCGGUUAUUUGCAAUCACAAGUUAUAAAGCCCGACACACUUGGUAUCGCUCUGGCCGAAUCCCCAGCUGGUUUAGCAGCUUAUAUACUAGAGAAAUUCGCAUAUUUGAACAAUACAGAAAAUCAAAUGGCUACCGAUGGUGGUCUCCUUAAAAAGUUCUCACUCACUCAACUUCUAGACAACGUCAUGAUAUACUGGAUGACGAAUUCCUUCACAACGAGUAUGAGGGUAUAUAAUGAAUAUAUUCACGAGACUGAUGAAAUUGAUCGGAUCCCAACAGACGUUCCAACAUGGGGUAUCAAAUUCAAAGAAGAGCUCUGUACUACAGACCGUUUGCUCAAAAAGAAGUAUAAGAACUAUCUCCAAAGUACGGUUGUCGAGGAUGUAGGUCACUUCCCGGCAAUCGAACACCCCCAAAUACUGGCUGAUGACAUAUACAAUGCUGUCGCUACCUUCCGCCUAUUCCAUGGAAAGAAACAACCACAAAGCACCACUCAACCAGAAACAAAAAAAACCCCUGAAUCAGAAAUAAAGAAAACCAAGGAACCAGAAGCAAAGAAAACAGUCUACGAUUUUAAAGUGAAAGACAUAAAGGGUAACGAAGUAAGCUUAGAAAUAUACAGGGGCAAAGUACUUAUCAUUGUGAAUGUAGCCUCCCAAUGUGGGUACACCGACACACACUACACGCAACUUAAUAAGUUGUAUGAAAAAUACGCAGAAAGAGGUCUUCGUAUAUUGGCAUUCCCGUGUAACCAGUUUGGGGGCCAGGAACCUGGGUCUCUCAAUGAGAUAGUUGAAUUCACACGAAAAAGAAAUGUUGAAUUCGAUGUGUUCGAGAAAAUUGAAGUAAAUGGAGAGAAUACCCACCCUUUGUGGGAGUUUCUGAAAAAAGUUCAAGGCGGUACCUUUGGAGACUUCAUCAAAUGGAACUUUUCCAAGUUUAUUGUAGAUAGAAAUGGAGUGCCGGUUGAGAGGUUCGGCCCGAAUGUAAGUCCGUUUGAUUUAGAGCCAUAUUUAGCCAAGUAUUGGUAA